AUGGCGAAGACGAAGCCAGCGGACCGCAAGGGAAAGAAGAGCGCAAAGUCUAGCGUGAAAUCUGGCGCAUCGAAACCAAAAGUUUCGGCUGAAGAUCUCUUAAUCCAGGCGGCUACUUUUCUCCAAACAUCACAGCCAGAGGAAGCGCUCAUCGCCGCACAAAAAGCACUGAACUUGGUUCAGCCUGGCAACUCGAAGCCUUCGGCCGCCGCGCUGCCCGCAUUGAACCUCCUCGGCGAAAUCAACGUAGAGUUGGGCGACCCAGAUUCUGCGCGUGAAGCAUUCCAAGCCGCCAUUAUCAUCGAUCCCGAAGGCGCACACGAUGGAGCAGAGAAAUUUCUAUGGAUGGCACAAUUAAACGAAGAGGGUGGGGCAGAGAGUGUACGGUGGUUUGAGAAGGGCAUUGAAGUGCUCAAGAGGGAAAUUGGUGGGCUGGAAGGCAAGAUGGCGAAGAACAACGAGGUGGCAGAGUUGGUGGAGGAGAAGAGACAGAAGAUUGCAAACUCGCUGUGUGGUAUUGCUGAAGUCUACAUGACGGAUUUGUCGUGGGAGGAAGACGCAGAAGCAAGAUGCGACGCCGCAGUCACCGAAGCACUUCUUUUUGCGCCAGAGAAUCCGGAGCCUCUGCAGACACUGGCGUCCAUCCGAAUUUCGCAAUUGAAGCCCGACGAGGCAAGAUCCGCACUAAGACGAAGCAUGGAGCUGUGGAAGGACCUGGACCCGGACGACGCCAAGGUUCCCGACUAUUCUCUUCGCAUUAGUCUGUCUCGUUUGUUGAUGGAGGCAGAAAUGGAAGACGAGGCGAUUGAGGUUCUGGAGCGGUUAGUGGGAGAAAAUGACGGCAGUGUUGAGGCGUGGUAUCUGGGCGGCUGGUGCUUGCAUUUGCUGGCGGGAAAGCAAAAAGCCAAGGGAGAGGAAAAGGUCACGACAUCACUGUUGCGUGCUAGUCGCGACUGGCUGGAGAAUUGUCUCAAACUUUACGCUAUGCUAGAGUAUGAGGAUGAGCGAUUGAAGGAACAUGCCGAUGAGCUCUUGAGAGAACUGAACGAUGUACUCGGUCCUUCUACCGGCGCUGAGGAGGAAGAGGAUGAAUGGGAAGAGGACGACGGUACGACUGAGCCACCACGCCUAUCCACAUCGCACCCCAUCCGCCGCGCAUUCCAGGCCCAUGGCACCGCCACUGCCCGCCAUUGGCUCCUCUCCAUCUUCGUGACCAUUAUCAUCUCCGUCCUCCUCUGCUACCAGGCUGUCUUCCAGGCGGACAGUUCCGCCGCUGCCGGUCUCCGCAAUCUGCCCAAGCAUGUCUGGACUUCCACCACCCAGGUCGAGGGAGAGCGCAUCCCCGAUGUGAUUGUGCGCCAGGUCUGGGUCCAUGGCGACUAUAUGAAGGCCAUCGAAUUGCCUGUGCUGCACCAGGCUCUGUAUGUUCAGGAAGCCCUUAUCAGCGGCGGCUUCAACAAAGAUGCCGACGACGAUGCAAAUGCCCUCCGAAACACCCUCGCCAGCACCACUGCAGGCUGCAUGACUGCCGGACCCGAGGAAAAAUGGACGUGGCAUUCGCCCUUGAUGUACUGGAACUGUUCUCGAAGCGCCCUAGAUGAGGAUGGCGACUUACUCGGCACCAUCAACGCACAUACACGCAUGCGCACGCCCCGUAACAUCACGCUGCGACCCAGCACGGUUUUUGCCGGAAAAUCCUUCUCCAACACCAAACUUCGUGCUGCCGAUGCAUUGGUCAUUACACUUUUCGAUCAGAACAAUUCAAGAUUAGGGGCUACAUGGGAUGCGAGAGCACGCACUCUGGCUGAGGAAAUAUCCCCAGAUUGGGCCGUAUUCCCCAACGAUGGCCAGGUUACCCGCAGCCGACUAUUCGAGUUUAGAUUCAGGCCCAUGACUCUGAAUGACGACCUAUUUUUGGCGGCUUCCUAUCUUAUUACCGCAGUCUACGUGAUAACGAGAAUGAGGCAGUUGCGAGCAGUCAAAAGCUGGUUUGGCUUGCUCAUCACCAUCUGUAUGAAGAUGGGCGUGUGUGUAAUCGCUAGUUUUACCCUUUGUACAUAUCUUGGAAUCGAUUUGGCGCGGAUACCCCGGCCAUGGUUUCCCGUAGUAGUUUUUUGUUUCGGUCUUGGAAAUAUAUUUCGUUUGAUUAAUGUUGUACUGGAAACACCGCCGGAGAUGCCUCCUCACCAGCGCAUCGGCAAUGCACUCGGUGAGGUGGGUCAUCUGUCUGUUGCCAUUGCAUUUCAAAACCUCGCACUAUUGUACUUCUGCUCCCGGCUCGUCACGCCCUGGGUCGCCGACUUUUGCGUUUUUGCGGCCGUCACGCUCGUAUUCGACCUCGUUUUUCAUUUGACCUUCUUUAUUGCUGUUCUCAGCGUUGAUGUACAGAGGAUGGAACUCUCCGACUCUCUGGAUCGCAUUAAUCUCAGCCAAAGCACCAAGAACAAACAGGCCGAACGUCAAUCCUGGCUUGGUGCUCUGAGAGAGGGCACGCUGCCUCUGAGCACCCGCUUCGCAGGGACUGUAGCUAUCUUCUCUGUCAUUCUUGCCGUCAAUUGGCAUUUCUUCGAUAGCGGUGACAAACCGCUGUCCUUCAACACGCUUCGGCAAAGUUUCAUUUCCAGAAGGCGGAAACGUUCCAUCGACACAAGCUGGAGUCAGCCGCCAAUCAACCAAGCUAGGACCCCCGCUGAUUGGCUUCGGCUCCAAGACCACAAUACGGCUCGAGAAUUGUUUGGUUUCAUCAAACCUGGAGCCCAAACAUUUGUAGCUCGCAUAUACAACCCCAUUCUGGUCGUCUCCAAGGGAGCACAAGGACGUGACCGGCCGCAACCACCCUCGUCCCUCGUAGAGGGGCUUCGCCGCUUUGCACAUGGACAUGCUUUCCCAGCAGCUUUGAUUACUGUUACACUCAUUGCCAUUGUAGCCUUGUUUAUGAAUUACCUUCUCUGGACAGGCCUCCCAAUUGGUGCAGAGGAAAAUGAUGAUGUAGAAACAGAAUUUUCAGUAAAGACAUUGCCAACGCCACAAAACUUGGAUGUUGUCCAGUUGGCUGGUUGUCCAAAAGGCCAUCUUGCAAGUGUAUCGCUGGAUAGGAGUACUGCGAUAUGGCUACAUGGCCGCGGGGGCUACCUGCAUACUACCUUGCAGACGGCGUCGAUGAAGCCGAGACUCUGGCCCAUCUAUGCUACCGCUAUCGACGACGGCGGAAGCAUGCUAGCGAUAUGCGGGCAAACUGGACAAAUUGGUCUAUGGGAUAUCCCUGCAUCGCGAUUUCUUAUGUUCCCGCUAAUCGACAUUCGGGGACAGGCGCCAAUACGCUUCAGCUUUGUUACGCUAAAAACGCGGACGGAUGCAGAGAGGCUAUACCUCAUCAUCGUCAGCCCAGAUGGACACUUGACGAAGCUGGAAGCACGCACAGGCAUCCACCACACCAGACGUAUUGCCACCAGUUCAAUCGUGUGCAGCUCAAUCUACACCUCGGAAAAAGGGGAUACUAGCUUGGUCUUUGUGACCAAGGCUGGUGAAGUGCACAUACUGUCACUCAAGCAGGAGGACAACUACACGUCAGAAGUGGUUGCAGGUCUGGAUCCAGGCCCACCCCCUGGUAGCAAUCCUGCAAAGAUACGGUGUAUAUACGCUGUUCCCAGCCUCGGGGUCAUGUUUGCGCUUCGCGAUGAAGAGGCGGAGAUUUUUGACUUUUCCAGCCGCGCGCUGGUUCACGCAUUCCAAAUUGGCCAUGUGCGUCCACAUUCGUUCAGAGUGCUCCACUCUGUACGACGCGUGUGUCAAUGUGGAGCCCCUGCGGUCAACUCACUCUCUGUGGCAUAUGCAGAGCACAGUGCAAACCACAUGGUGAUGCAGACCUUCAGUCUGGACGAUAAGACGACUUCACAGAUGUGCCUUGGAAAGCCGCUAGACCGGGAAAAGCACAAGUGUCGUGGUCUUGAGCGCGCAAAGGAAGCGGUCUACUCUGUCGAACCCGCUGGGGUGUGGGAGUCGACCGAAGCGCAGAGUGUGAUUGGAAUCAGAAGACGCGCACAAUUGGCUACGCCAUCGUCGACUCAUUCAGGCGCAGAAGAGAACUACCCAGGUGUUGAUGCAGUGGCACUUACGUCUGCAUUGAAGCAGCGUGCUCAACGCCAGGGUCACGUGAACCUGUCAAGACUCGGGGAUGGAGCGUCGACCAAGAUAGACCCGAUGGAUAACUCGUUUGAAGAUUCUGACGCAUGGGAGGUUUGGACACUGUCAACAGCGGGCGACUUCCGCUCAAGACCCUUGAUGCCCGAUGAUACGGAUGAUGUAGCGACAGAGUCGUAUGAAGAUGAGUUGUUCGUGGCAGCACCUGGUCCGAUUGUCAAGCUAGGCAAGCGCAGUAUUGCAGUGGGAUUCGGCAAUACAGUCAAGGUGGUUACGUUGGGAAAAGAGUCUUUUGAUGGCCUGACGAGUGUACAGAGCGGUGCCAUGGACAUUGGCCUUGGCUCAUACAAGUGGAGAGCGCGGAAGGCAAGUGGAAGAAAGGUGCAAUGA